GGGGCCCGAGCGCGGAGUGCGUGUGCGGCCGGGGGGCCGGGCACGGGGCCGCUCCGGCGCGGCGUCUUUUCUUCUCCUCGCAGUGAUGUCAUCGACAGCAGCGGCUGGGAGCCGGGAGGCGGCGGCGGCGGGGGCGGCGCCGGGCGGCCGCCGCAGGUUCAUGUGCUGGUAAUGAAAAGGCACUUGACAGUCGGCCAGGACGCACGCGAGGGAGCGCGAGCCGGCCGGACCGCGGCGCCGCCCGGGCCAAUCGCCGUCGUCGGCCUCUCCAUGGGCGAGCAGGAGGAGGGGGCGCUGAGCGCUACCCGCCGGGCCGCGGCCGCUCCGAGGUGAACGGCGCCGAGAGCGGCUCGCGGCGCGGGGAGGCCGGGCGCGCCGCCGCUAUGAAUUCCGCCGAGCAGACCGUUACGUGGCUCAUUACCUUGGGGGUGCUGGAGUCGCCCAAGAAGACCAUCUCGGACCCGGAGGGCUUCCUGCAGGCGUCCCUGAAGGAUGGAGUGGUCCUCUGCCGGCUGCUGGAGCGCCUGCUGCCCGGGACCAUCGAGAAAGUCUACCCGGAGCCGCGCAGCGAGAGCGAGUGUCUGAGCAACAUCCGCGAGUUUCUGCGAGGCUGCGGGGCCUCCCUGCGCCUGGAGACAUUUGAUGCAAAUGAUUUGUACCAGGGGCAGAAUUUUAACAAGGUCCUCAGUUCCUUAGUGACUUUAAAUAAAGUAACAGCAGACAUUGGACUGGGAAGUGACUCCGUGUGUGCCCGGCCCUCAUCUCAUCGGAUAAAGUCUUUUGACUCCCUGGGAUCCCAGCCUUCCCACAGUCGGACUUCAAAAUUAUUCCAGGGCCAGUAUCGAAGUUUGGACAUGACCGAUAAUAGCAACAAUCAACUGGUAGUAAGAGCAAAGUUUAACUUCCAACAGACAAAUGAAGAUGAGCUUUCCUUUACGAAAGGAGAUGUCAUCCAUGUCACUCGAGUGGAGGAAGGAGGCUGGUGGGAGGGCACACACAACGGCAGGACUGGCUGGUUCCCCAGCAACUACGUCCGAGAGAUCAAGCCCAGUGAAAAGCCUGUGUCUCCCAAAUCUGGAACAUUGAAGAGCCCUCCCAAAGGAUUUGAUACAACUGCCAUUAACAAAAGCUAUUAUAAUGUGGUGCUACAGAAUAUUUUGGAAACAGAAAAUGAAUACUCUAAAGAACUUCAGACUGUGCUUUCAACCUAUCUACGGCCAUUGCAGACCAGUGAGAAGUUAAGUUCAGCAAACACUUCAUAUUUAAUGGGAAAUCUAGAAGAAAUAUGUUCUUUCCAGCAAAUGCUUGUACAGUCUUUAGAAGAAUGCACCAAUUACCUUCAACCCCCCUUCCAUUCUAGAAGCCAGGAUCUACUAUUUCACUUUGCUCCUGAGUAUGAACAUCACCUGCUCAAAUGCCAGUUGCCUGAAGCUCAGCAGAGAGUUGGAGGCUGCUUUUUAAAUCUGAUGCCACAAAUGAAAACCUUGUACCUUUCAUAUUGUGCCAAUCACCCAUCUGCCGUGAAUGUUCUCACAGAGCACAGUGAGGAGUUGGGAGAGUUCAUGGAGAUGAAAGGUGCCAAUAGUCCGGGGAUUCUCGUGUUGACCACUGGCCUCAGCAAACCAUUCAUGCGCCUGGAUAAGUACCCCACUCUGCUCAAGGAGCUCGAGAGACACAUGGAGGAUUAUCAUCCGGAUAGACAAGAUAUUCAAAAAUCCAUGACUGCCUUCAAAAACCUUUCAGCCCAGUGUCAAGAUGUACGGAAAAGGAAAGAGCUGGAGUUGCAGAUCCUGACGGAAGCCAUCCGGAGCUGGGAAGGAGAUGACAUUAAGACCCUGGGCAACGUCAUUUACAUGUCCCAGGUCAUGAUUCAGUGUGCCGGAAGUGAGGAAAAGAAUGAAAGAUAUCUUCUACUCUUCCCAAAUAUUUUGCUAAUGUUGUCUGCCAGUCCCAGGAUGAGUGGUUUUAUCUAUCAGGGAAAGCUACCAACGACAGGAAUGACAAUCACAAAGCUUGAGGACAGUGAAAAUCAUAGAAAUGCAUUUGAAAUAUCAGGGAGCAUGAUCGAGCGGAUAUUAGUAUCAUGCAACAACCAGCAGGAUCUCCAUGAAUGGGUGGACCAUCUACAGAAGCAAACGAAAGUCACAUCUGUCAGCAAUCCUCCCAUUAAGCCUCAUUCUGUGCCGUCUCAUACCCUCCCCACCCAUUCGAUCACCCCAUCCAGCAAGCAUGCAGACAGCAAGUCGGUGCCACUGACGCCUGCCUACCACACACUGCCCCAUCCCUCCCACCACGGCACCCCACACACGACUAUCAACUGGGGGCCCCUGGAGCCUCCGAAGACCCCGAAGCCAUGGAGUCUGAGCUGUCUGCGACCCGCACCUCCCCUCCGGCCCUCAGCUGCUCUCUGCUACAAGGAGGAUCUUAGUAAGAGUCCCAAGACCAUGAAAAAGUUGCUACCUAAGCGUAAACCAGAGCGGAAGCCUUCGGAUGAAGAGUUUGCGCUGAGGAAAACUGUGGAUGAAGGGAAGACUUUCUCUCCACUAUCCAUAUCAACAUUGAGAAUUGUCAGCUUUUUCACUUGUUAUCAUUUUGGCACAGCUGCUUUGGAAGAAGACGCACAGAUUCUGAAAGUCAUCGAAGCUUAUUGCACAAGCGCCAAAACACGGCAAACACUUAACUCAACAUGGCAAGGCACUGACCUGAUGCAUAAUCACGUCUUGGCUGAUGAUGACCAAUCAAGUCUAGACUCCUUGGGUCGUCGCAGUAGCCUUUCUCGUUUGGAGCCUUCAGACCUCUCGGAAGACUCUGACUAUGACAGUAUAUGGACAGCCCAUAGUUACAGAAUGGGUUCUACAUCUCGUUCACGUAAAGAAUCUGCUCCACAAGUUUUGCUUCCAGAAGAAGAAAAAAUUAUAGUUGAAGAAACAAAAAGCAAUGGUCAGACAGUGAUAGAAGAAAAGAGUCUUGUUGAUACCGUCUAUGCAUUGAAGGAUGAAGUCCAAGAAUUAAGACAGGAUAACAAGAAGAUGAAGAAAUCUCUGGAGGAAGAACAGCGAGCCCGCAAAGACUUGGAAAAGCUGGUGAGGAAAGUUUUAAAGAACAUGAAUGACCCUUCCUGGGACGAGACCAACCUCUAAGGAACGUCCAUGGUUCUUUCUUGAAGACCAGUUAGGAGACUAUGCUGGGACCCUGGGGCAGGGCUGUGCAUACAAAAGCUGGAGUCCAGGCAAAUAGAAACACAUUGUUCCUGAAGAGUCCAGACAUGAGGUAUCGACACUGAGGGCAACUGCAUUAAUCUUACUCUGCUAACAUCUCAAUUACCUCAUUUUGCAAUAAGUGCAGUGACUGACUACAAACCCUGGUCUUUCAGGCUUUUAUUGAAUCUAUAUAAAUAUUAUACAUACAUGUUUCGUGUAAAUAUCCUGUUUUGAAUGCAUAUACCUGAUUGUUAUAUCUGAUACCCCUGCUAGAACUUCCUUCCCACUAACCUUUCUGGUCCCAUGACCUAGAAGUUGUGUUCACACACACACGCAUGGAAAGCAGAAACGCGUGGCUGUGGUAGAUGCCUGACUUCGCCGCCGCUGUGGUUUCUAUAGUGCUCUGAAAAUACUUCCCAUGUUGGUUGCCUACCUAAUUUAACCUUAUUUAUAGCUGCAGAGACAACUUGAAUACCAUUUGAAAGUCUUCUGUUAAAGCAGUAUUGCAGUCACCGGCGUGGGGGUCUCUGAGUGCCGUGCUCUGGCUGAGUGAGGGUCUGGGCCUCAGCCAUGAAUCUGAGGAAGUCCCACUCACGCCACCGCGUCCAGCUGCAGGUGCACCCUCUCGUCUGCUUUGAGUGGAUCUGUGGUCACCAGAGUAUCCACUGCACUUGGAGAGGUCAUACAGACUUGUAUAUGUAGGCUAGUUCAAUAAUGUGACCGAGUGUACUGCUUUGUCCUCAAAAGAGAGCGCUUCACUAGAGUCUGUAAAUAGAAUGUGUUGUUACACAUCACUGCGGCCGGGAAGAUGAAGCGAGGUGGUGCUAUGGGUAGGAUUCCUGUGUCAGCCAGCGUCAACCCUGAGCUCUGCUUUACCGUCAGGGCAGCAAGCAUUACUGCAGAGCUCACUGGGAAAGAAGAAUAAGCAAUAUCCACCUUAAAUCCCACCUAAAUAAUGAAAGUUUAAAUGUGGGUCCAUUCCCUCCCUAUAUGCAAAUUGCAGAGCAGACAAAGGAGGAAGUGGGCCCCAACCUGGCUCCGCAGCCCCUGGGCCAGGGCUCUAGAAGCCUCGCAGCCGGCAGGAACAGCCUUGGAGCCUAGCUUGUCCUGCCGUGGAGAUAGGAUCGGCAAUAUCACAGGGUCUGUGCUUUCCGUUUCCCUCUUCUAAGAGGUUGUUUUAGUGAGAUGACUUCUUCAUAGAACAAGUGUUACAUUGUUAAGAAGCAGAAUUGCAGCACUGUGCAUUAGAGACCGCUCAGAAACACCUUUUUGGCCUCAGAUGUGACCUUUGAUUUGCAACCUAUUUAUUGGUCAAGUGACCCCUUAAUCUUUGAUGCCUAUGGACUGGGCAUCUUUGGAACUAGUUGGUUUUCUGGUUGUCCAUGGUUCUGUUUCCAUGCCCUUGCUGAUUAGACCCUGUGCCCGCCCAUCUCCCUGGGGGGUGGUCCUGGAGCCGGCCCUCCCGCUGCAAGCUCAGCAGGUGUGUGGGGCCCAGCAUUGACCUGCCCACACUUGACCUUUCAACUAGAAUUGCCAACUUUCUCUACUUAGCAUUCAUGAGUGCUAGGACUAGAAAAUAGUGUCAUUUUUUUUUUUACAGUAGUAUUUUUUUGGUGAUGCAUAAGACAUUGCGGUGAAAAACAAUUACAUUUGAGUGUACUGAAGUUUGCUGUCUUAAGCAAAUUUUAACUCAGGAACAACAUUCAGCACCUGAUCCCUCCACCACUUAGUGAUGAGCGAUGUUGCAGCCAGCAGAUGGGUCUCCUACAGCACCUGCCUUAACUGUUGCUAAAGCGACAAGUGAGAACUUGUGUUUUCCUGCCCCUCCCCUUGCCCCGGCGGGGUGAUGGUUGAGGUGCCCGUGUAAUGCAUUACCUUUCUUCCCCAGGAUCCAGUAUUUUACUAAACUUUUUAGGGAGCAGAGAAAAUGCAUCAUAGCAAUUCUACAGACCUGCCCUCUUCUAAACAGACUGCACGCGUCUCUCCGGGUGACUCCUGAGAGGUUGGGAGUGGGUGAUGAUGGUAGAAAGGCGCGCUGUUGACUCUAAGGGUUACUUCUCUGCUCUCACCUUUCUUGGAUGAGGAGACGAAGCCAUUCCUGUCCUGAGAUGUGAAGCACUUUUAUUUCCACACGACACUGACGUGUGGCAUCGGAAGCUCUGCCCACUGUGCUCUGCAGAGUGUGCCUGUCCACGUGCGCCAGGGCCCGGGCCCCGGAGACCUCCGGCUCUGGCGGACUCCUGCUGUCCUCCACUUCUUUCUCCAGGACGCAGAGGCCGCGUUUACAGCCCUGGGGACACCGCGCAAAUGCCACCGACUGUCUGGCGCUGACUACUCAUACUAUGUUGUUGUAAUGAUUAAACUGAUUAUUUUUUCUUAUG